AUGUGUAAUCCUCCACACACUGGAAUCUUCCCUUACUCGUACAAGUACACAGACCGUGAAGAUUGUGCAUUGGGACCCAAUGCUGAGCUAAGGAAGUACCUGGAGAGGUUGGUGGAUGCCGAGAACGUUCAGAAGUUUGUCGCAGAGAAUCCAAUUGGCCAAAGUGCCGUAACUGAGACACAUGAGUCAUGGGAGUUCUACUCUAAGAUCAUGGAGAAAUACAAGUAA